GUUACAUUUUACACAAUUCUCUGGUAGUGUCACAAAACUCAACUCAGGCUCCAUUGUUUUUGUUCUUUAAUUUGAAGAAUGGUUUCAGGUAUGACGCCAUUGAUAAAAGUGGGCCCAUAUGGUGAAUCCUCAUUGACUGAUACUAGUACCUGGGAUGAGAGAGGGCAUACAAAGAUUACUGUAAUUUAUAUUUCAUAUUCAGACAACUAUGGUCCCGGAGUAUCCCUACAGUUUGAGUAUGAUGAAGGUGGAAAUACGGUGCUCUCUCAGUCAUAUGGACAUCACAACAGACCCAAAUUUUCCGUGGUAACUUUGGAUACAGGCGAGUAUAUAACAGGGAUUAGUGGUUUCUAUUGGUCUAGCGACAUCAGUUGUUUGACAUUUGAAACAAACCGAAGGAAGUAUGGACCUUUCGGAAAGUCAACUGAGAAAGAGUUUGGCUUCAAUUUUGGUCCAACUAAUCGAUUUGGUGGUUUUCAUGGCACUUUAUCUUCACUGGAUAGGCUCAAUUCCAUUGGAGUAUAUGUCAAACCCCUCAGUUCAUAAGAUGUAACUUUCAGUUGUUUGGUUGUACUUGUUUCUAUGAUAAGUAACUAUUUUGGAGUUUUAGACAAUGUUGUUGGCUUAAGUUUGUUGUUUGUAGAAAUUGAAAAGUUGUAAUUUUCAGAAUUGCUUUGAUGAGAAGAGAAAUUGGUAGUUAUGAAUUUGAACCAGAUAUUAUCGCU